AUGUCUGGUGCCGGUGCUAGCGCCGAUGCUGGCGCUUGUGCUGGUGCUUGUGCUGGUGCUUGUGCUGUCGGAAUAUUCAGUCUGCUGUCUAUCUGGUUUGGCUUUACGUUGGCCGUAGGUGGAUUUGGACUAAGUGGUAUUAUGUUGUGCCGUGGUGUACCAAACAACCAUUGCCGCCACCACCGUCGCCGUCGCCGCCGGCCGAGCAUACAGGCCUCACUCAGUCAGACACAAAGUUCCGAUUUCAGUCCCAGCUGCUAUGCAUGCAUGCUUGCUCGCUCUGCGCCGCAAAAGAAGCGCGCGCUCAGUUCAGUGAUUUGGUCUAAAGAAAAAGGUAUAACACGUUUGGUAACUGUCUCUGCUCCGCGGACACGCGCGCAAAUCUGGCCAUUGUUGCGCAGGAAAGGUGACGGUCGCAUCGUUAUCGUUAUUAUUCAACGCCGCGCUCGUGCGCUAGAAAUCGCUCGCGAGCAAGGAGGUAGAUUGGCAUCACUCGCCGAUUACCGCGCCUCGAACUGGACCAUCCUGCACGCCGUUAGCGGCAGCCCUAGCUUACCUGUUGGUGCGCUCCUUGUAGAGCACGCGGUGACCGCACUCCUUGCACAAGAUGGCGUCGCCGCGGCGCAGCACGACCUUGGCGUCGCAGUCGCCGCAGAUGUACUGGACGGGGCGGGCGGUGUCCUCGAAGCUGCCGGCGGCGGCUCCGGCGCCGCCGUAGGCGUUGCCGCCGGUGGUGGGGGGUUGGUAGGCUUGCGACAUGGCUGGAUCGAGUGUUUGCGUUGGUUGUGUGAGAGUAUGGACUUUUUCCUUGUACUUCCGUUCCUACGUCACACCUUCGCCGCCAUGAGCGCCAUUCUCUCCGCCGACGAUCUCAACGAUUUCAUAUCCCCUGGCGUCGCAUGUAUUAAACCCGUAGAGACGCUGCCCGCCAAGGCCCAGGACAGCUCGAAUCCGUAUGAAGUCACUACCGAAGACAGCGUUGCGGCGGCAAAUGCUCCGCCCGCCCAGAUCUCGCUCACCGACUGUCUCGCGUGCUCCGGCUGCGUGACCUCCGCCGAAGCCGUCCUCGUCUCCCUCCAAUCGCACACCGAAGUCCUGAACACGCUGGAUUCGUGUCCAGAGCUGGCACCGCCGUGGCUGGCGCAAGAGCAUGGGGCCGGGUUGGCGAAUGGCACCCACAACGGCGUCAACGGCACGGCAGCUGGAGGCGCGAUGAGCGAGGCGAAGAUAUUCGUGGCGAGCGUCAGUCCGCAAGCGCGCGCGAGCAUCGCCGCAACGUACGGUGUCAGCGAGCGGGAGGCUGGAUACAUGAUCGAGCAGCUCCUGAGCGGGCCGCAGGGACUGAAGAGCGGCGGCGCACAUGGCAGCGGCUUCACGUGGGUCAUCGACACGAACGUCGUGCGCGAAGCCACGCUGGUGCUGGCGGCAGACGAGGUUAUGUCCGCGCUGGAGAAUCCCUCGACGCCCAAGCCUGGGGAAGAGGGCUCCGCCUCCGCCGCACCCAAGAAGCCUAUCCUCACGUCUGCCUGUCCCGGCUGGAUUUGCUACGCUGAGAAGACGCAUCCCUACGUGCUUCCGCACCUCUCGCGCAUGAAGUCGCCCCAGGCAUUAACAGGGACACUGAUCAAAUCCGUCCUGUAUCGCAAGUACGGUAUCUCCCCAAACCAGGUCUGGCACCUAGCCGUUAUGCCCUGCUUCGACAAGAAGCUCGAAGCCAGCCGCUCCGAGCUCACCUCCACGGCCUGGCUUCCCUCUCAAGCACCCGAAGCCGCAACCGGCGUCCGAGACGUCGACUGCGUGAUCACCGCGCGCGAGCUCCUCAUGCUCGCCAGCAGCCGUAACAUCCACUUCCCCUCGCUGCCACCGACCCCUCUACCUCAAACCAACACCACUGCCUUCCCGGACCCAGACCUCCACGCCUUCCUCUUUCCGCCGCCGACUUCCGCCCGCCACAGCAACGGCGGCUCCAUUGCCGGCUCCUCCGGCGGCUACCUCUACCACAUCAUGCGCACGCUGGCCGUGCACCGUCACCCGGGCGCAACGCUGCACACGGAGCGCGGCCGCAACGCCGACGUCGUCGAGUACGUGUUGCGCGGGCCAGACGGGGCCGUACUGAUCAAGAGCGCGCGCUACUACGGCUUCCGCAACAUCCAGAACCUGGUGCGGCGGCUGAAGCCAGCACGGGCAAGCCGACUGCCCGGCGCCAGACCAGUUGGCGGCGCACGGCGGCCCGGCGCCAAAGCGGGCGCUGCUGCUGCGGGCGCGGCGGGCGACGCGGGCAGCGAGUACGCGUACGUCGAGGUCAUGGCGUGUCCCGGAGGCUGCACGAACGGGGGCGGGCAGAUCAAAGUCAGCGAUCUGGCGGAAGUGCGGGCGCAGGGCGGCGCCAGCCAGCGCGAAGUCGAGGAGCAAGGCGUGCCGGCGCGGAAGCCGGGGCCGCAGGAACAAAAGGAGUGGUUGCGCCGUGUCGACGAGGCGUAUUUCUCGGCCAGCAGCUCGGACGGGGAAGACGAGAUGGAGAUUGAUAACGCGGAUGUGGAUAUGGCGGAUAUCAAUGCCUCGGACGCGGCUUGCGCGACUGUUGUUGAAGGGGACGGCGACGCAAAAACAAAUGGCAACAGGACUUUCGAGCUUGAGCGCCCCGGCCCGAAACCGAAUGGUGUUGAUGGGGGGAGUGUAGGGGGAGAGGAAGAAACAGAAGACGACGCGAUCAAUGGCAUCUCCCCCCGCCGUAUCCAUGCGGUCUUGGACCGCUGGGCGCAGGUCACGGGCGUGCGCGUGCAGGACCUCACGUGCACGAGUUUUAGAAAAGUCGAGAGCGAUGUUGGCAAGGCGAAGAAGGCGAGUGAUGUGGAGCGGGUGGCGGGGCUGGCGGGCACGGUGGGCGGUGGGUGGUAGUGUGGACGAGUCUUGGGACGUGUUUUCAGGUGUGGUUGAAGAUAUCGCGAGGACGGGGUGGGGUGGGGUUAUGCUGUUAGCGCAGGGUGUUGGACUAAGGUGCUGCCUAGGUAGCUAGCUGCUCCUCCUGGGUAUAGAUGGUAGGGUUCCAGAUGAGAUGAGACAGACUUAUGUAGUGCGAACGAAUGGACAAAGAAAGAAAGAUAAACGCCAACGCUCUUCCGUGACUGAGUUGCGGCUUCCUGCUCGUGCUCGUGCUGCAUGGGGGUCUCGUG